AUGGAGGCUGCGGGGCGGGAUCCUUUGCAGCGGCGGAGUCCAAGAUGGCGGCAUGCGGUUCCGCUGUGUGAAACCAGCGCGGGGCGGCGGGUUAAUCAGCUCCGCGGAGAAGGCGUCCGGCGACCCGCAACAAUGAAGGGAAAAGAGCGCUCUCCAGUCAAACCCAAGCGCUCCCGUGGUGGUGAGGAUUCGACUUCUCGCGGGGAGCGGAGCAAGAAGUUAGGGGGCUCUGGUGGCAGCAAUGGGAGCAGCAGCGGAAAGACCGACAGCGGUGGCGGGUCGCGGCGCAGCCUUCAUCUCGACAAGUCCAGCAGCCGAGGUGGGAGCCGCGAGUAUGACACUGGUGGGGGAAGCUCCAGUAGCCGCUUGCAUAGUUACAGUUCCCCAAGCACUAAAAAUUCCUCGGGCGGGGGCGAGUCGCGCAGCAGCUCCCGAGGUGGAGGCGGGGAGUCACGUUCCUCUGGGGCCGCCUCCUCAGCUUCAGACGGCGGGGAGUACAAGACACUGAAGAUCAGCGAGUUGGGGUCCCAGCUGAGUGACGAAGCGGUGGAGGACGGACUGUUUCACGAGUUCAAACGCUUCGGUGAUGUAAGUGUCAAAAUCAGUCAUCUCUCGGGUUCUGGCGGCGGGGAUGAACGCGUAGCCUUUGUGAACUUCCGGCGGCCAGAGGACGCGCGGGCGGCCAAGCAUGCCAGAGGCCGCCUUGUGCUCUAUGACCGGCCCCUGAAGAUAGAAGCUGUGUAUGUGAGCCGGCGCCGCAGCCGCUCCCCUUUGGACAAAGAUACUUACCCUGCGUCAUCCAGCGUGGUCGGGGCCUCUGUAGGGAGUCACCGGCACCCUCCUGGAGGAGGUGGCGGAGGCCAGAGAUCACUUUCCCCCGGUGGGGCAGCUUUGGGAUACAGAGACUACCGGUUGCAGCAGUUGGCUCUUGGUCGCCUGCCCCCUCCACCUCCGCCACCAUUGCCCCGAGACCUGGAGAGAGAGCGAGACUACCCGUUUUAUGAGAGAGUGCGCCCAGCAUACAACGUUGAGCCAAGGGUGGGAGCUGGAGCAGGUGCUGCAGCUUUCAGAGAAGUGGAUGAGAUCUCACCGGAGGAUGAUCAACGUGCUAACAGGACGCUUUUCUUGGGUAACCUAGACAUCACUGUGACAGAGAGUGAUCUGAGAAGGGCUUUUGAUCGCUUUGGAGUCAUUACAGAAGUAGACAUUAAGAGACCUUCUCGGGGCCAGACCAGUACCUAUGGCUUUCUCAAAUUUGAGAACCUAGACAUGUCUCACCGGGCCAAACUAGCAAUGUCUGGCAAAAUUAUCAUUCGGAAUCCUAUCAAAAUUGGUUAUGGCAAAGCUACACCCACCACUCGCCUCUGGGUAGGUGGCCUGGGAUCUUGGGUGCCUCUUGCUGCUCUGGCACGAGAGUUUGACCGAUUUGGCACCAUACGCACCAUAGACUACCGCAAAGGUGACAGUUGGGCAUAUAUCCAGUAUGAAAGCCUGGAUGCAGCUCAUGCUGCCUGGACCCAUAUGCGGGGCUUUCCACUUGGUGGCCCAGAUCGUCGCCUUAGAGUAGACUUUGCAGACACAGAACAUCGGUACCAGCAGCAAUAUCUGCAGCCUCUGCCCUUAACUCAUUAUGAGCUGGUGACAGAUGCUUUCGGACACCGGGCACCUGACCCUUUGAGGGGUGCACGGGAUAGGACGCCACCCUUACUAUACAGAGAUUGUGAUAGGGACCUUUAUACUGACUCUGAUUGGGUGCCACCCCCGCCCCCAGUCCGGGAACGCACUCGGACUGCAGCUACUGCUGUGCCUGCUUAUGAGCCACUGGAUAGCCUGGAUCGCAGGCGUGAUGGCUGGUCUUUGGACCGGGACAGAGGUGAGCGAGAUCUGCCCAGCAGCAGAGACCAGCCUCGGAAGCGAAGACUGCCUGAGGACAGUGGGGGCCGGCAUCUGGAUAGGUCCCCAGAGAGUGACCGUCCAAGAAAACGUCACUGCGCUCCUUCUCCUGACCGUAGUCCAGACUUGAGCAGUAGCCGGGAUCGCUACAACAGUGACAAUGAUCGAUCUUCUCGUCUUCUUCUCUUGGAAAAGCCCUCUCCAAUAAGAGACAGACGAGGUAGUUUGGAGAAAAGCCAGGGUGACAAGCGAGACCGCAAAAACUCUGCAUCAGCUGAACGUGAUAGGAAGCACCGGACAGCUGCUCCCACUGAGGGAAAAAGCCCUCUGAAAAAAGAAGACCGGUCUGAUGGGAGUGCAGCCAGCACCAGCACUGCUUCGUCAAAGCUCAAGUCCCCUUCCCAGAAACAGGAUGGUGGGACAGCACCCGCAGCAGCAGCCUCUCCCAAGCUCUGUUUGGCCUGGCAGGGCAUGCUUCUCUUGAAGAACAGCAACUUUCCUUCCAACAUGCAUCUGUUGCAGGGUGACCUCCAAGUGGCUAGUAGUCUUCUUGUGGAGGGCUCGAGUGGAGGCAAAGUGGCCCAGCUCAAGAUCACUCAGCGUCUUCGUUUGGACCAGCCCAAGUUGGAUGAAGUAACUCGACGCAUCAAAGUGGCAGGGCCCAACGGUUAUGCCAUUCUUCUGGCUGUGCCUGGAAGUUCUGACAGCAGAUCCUCCUCUUCAGCCACAUCAGACACUGCCACCUCUACUCAGAGGCCACUUAGGAACCUGGUGUCCUAUUUAAAGCAAAAGCAGGCCGCCGGGGUGAUCAGCCUUCCCGUGGGGGGCAACAAAGACAAGGAAAACACCGGAGUCCUUCACGCCUUCCCACCCUGUGAGUUCUCCCAGCAGUUCCUGGAUUCUCCUGCCAAGGCACUGGCCAAAUCUGAAGAAGAUUACCUGGUCAUGAUCAUUGUCCGUGCAAAGCUGGUGAACAGUGGAUGAAGAUACGGAAAUCAAAGCUCUAAUGGACCUUUUCGAAGAGAAGUUGUGGCUUAUGUGGAGUUUACAUGGGCCUCUUGAUGGAAGAAAGCUAAUCUGUUUAGUAUUUGUGCAUUUUACUAAAAUGGCAGCUUAAAGUUGUGUAUCUGCUAUUGUGAUGCCAAUGCCGGUGUUUUAAGUGGAAAAAAAAUGACCUCUUGCUUUGUGCUGUGUACACAAGAUUUCUGGAAAAGUAAAGAAAAACCCUUUUUAUGGCUCACACAGCUUAAGAGUAGCUGUCACUCAAACGUGCGCUCACAGUUGAGCUGCUUUUGUUUUAUUCUAAAUAAAUUGUUUCUUUUGAGGAAAAUGUUUUUCUGCCUGGAAGUGAAUUGACGGCAAACCUUUGACCCCUUUGUUUGCAGCUGAGGCGUUACUUGCUGCUGCUCAGAUCUUGUAUGUCUUGAGCAAGAAGCAGGGAGACCAUCAUUUUGACUUGUCACGGUGUGUCAAUUCUGAAGGAUCACUAGUGUUACUGUGACCCCCUUUGUUUGCAGUGAAGGGGAUCAUUUGCUUCUCGGUCCUCAACUUGAUGAGGAAAUGGUGCUGUUGGCUGGCACGCAAGAAGCCGGGGCAAGCACCGUAAGCCUCACCACAGUGCACGAGUCGGGGGCUUUGCUGGUUGGAAGAGCCGGAGUUGCUGAAAUUUAAGUUUUGAUUUAUUUUGUUCACCCAUCACGUUUGGCCUUAGUUUCAUUUUUAAUUUGAAGAAAAGUUUGCAAUUGCUUUAUCUUGCACUUAACAUUUGCACCAAAUUGCCAAAAGAAGGAGAAUGCUCCGUGUGCUUUUUAAAUGUUAAUGAUGAUGUUAAUAAAGCCUUUCCUGACACAUUUGAGGAGCUCCUUCAUCUCCAGGGGCUUCUCACCAGAGGUAUGCGGUGAUGGGUUUAGUUCUGAAUGGAUGAAGAGUUCCUGAGAGCUAGUGUUUGUAAUUAGAACCGUUACUUGGUAUCUGUGCCUUAUUUGACCUGUGGUUCUACAUGCCUUGGAUGUGCAUGCACCGUGACGGUUUCGUAGGUACGAACGCACACUCAGGCCCAGUCACCUCGGUUGGUAGUACAGAUUGUGAGGAAAAAAAUGGAGGCAUCCCUAAGGAGGAAAAAAAUGUUUGCCUUUAGUUCCUGCAUUAUCCUGCACAGGGGGUCCUGAGCUUUGGAAGCUGUUCCCAGUACAGGAGAACAACUCCCCUGGUGCAGCAGGAGACUUCGGUGCACAGUGACAACGCUGGAGUUCAAGAGGAAGCCAGCAGUGCUGCACCUUUGGCUUCAGACACCAUUGUUGUUUGCCAGUUGUAAACUUAACUAGUUGCAGACGAAGACCACCUUGAAAUGCAGGCUUGUUGGGCUUGUUUUGAAUUUUAACCUCGGAUGGAAGAGCCCUAGUGCUGUCUGUCUCCAUGCGGGAUGAUGAUUACUUAGGCAACAGGUGCUUACCAACAAAGGAUGCCACGAUUAUACUCUGCAAGGUGGUGUUCCAGUGGCAAACAGCUGUAUAAACUCUUGUAAACAGGUAAGAGGGUUUUUAGAGGUAAAAAAUGCAUUAUAAUUAAUAGGGUGAGAACUUUUAAUGUUGGGGUAUGUUUCUCUGGAAAUCUUA